GCCGGCCUCCUUAUGCACGUAAGCACGGUACGCGUAUACGGCACAUGCACACUAGCUGCAUGUGUAAAACUUUUUACAGCUCCAUGCUCUAAGCUCCAACUAGUGGUGAACGAUCCCGGACGCAAUUAUAUGAAAAACACCAAAAAAGCAGCAGAUUUGGUUCUACCAAGACUCAUUCUAUUAGGGUCUCAAAGGUGGAACGAUAAGUGAAUUCAUCUCCUAAGAUGGAAGGGCAAAGCUCAUCAGUGCUUCAGAUCUCGACGCUGGCUGUCGGCCGUGGUGCUGGAGGACGUGCCGGUACAGCCGGCAGUCAUGGCAGUGGCAGUGACGUUGGAGGGCCCCUCCGUGCACCAAUUCGUCCUAAGCCGCUUCGCGUUCGGUCACGUAAACUCUCUGGCAAGGAUUCAUCAUUCGCGGAGGAGACCGAGUCUAGGGUAUUGGUCUUGUACGCAGGGGGAACCAUCGGCAUGUACAAAGAAAAUGACGUCUAUGUGGUGCGUCCCGGGUACUUCCACAAACUGGUGCGAGCGAUGCCCAUGCUGAAUGAUGAGGAGUACGCAUCCCUACUUGAUCCAUCUCCUGGAAUGGAGGAGAGACCCUUUGCCUUGCCUAUAUCCCAAGAAGGAGUCCGCGUGAUCUACGACAUCCAUGAGUACAAGGUCCUGAAGGACUCCAGUAAUCUCAACAUUACCGACUGGGUGGAGAUGGCAGAGGACAUCAGCCGGUACUACAGGCGAUAUGACGGCUUUGUCAUCCUCCACGGCACAGACACCAUGGCGUACACCUCAUCGGCGCUAUCUUACAUGCUGGAGAAUCUUGGCAAGCCGGUCAUACUGACCGGGGCGCAGGUGCCCCUGCCCGAACUUCGCAGCGACGGACGGGACAAUCUGCAAGGAGCUAUCUACAUUGCCGGCCAUUUUGUCAUUCCAGAGGUGGCAUUGUACUUCAAUGAUAAGUUAUAUCGAGGCAAUCGGGUCGUGAAAGUAUCCAGUGAAAGCUUUAGCUGUUUUGACUCGCCUAAUUUCCCACCACUGGUGAAAAUGGCAGUCAACAUUGAAGUGGCUUGGGAGAGCCUCUUCAGACCAAAUAGCUUGGAGAGUUUCCGAGUCCAUUCCUCCAUGGAAAGCCACGUGGGUCUCCUUAGGCUGUUUCCUGGUAUCACUAAGGAGGCGGUUCAGGCUUUCCUAAAUCCCCCCAUGAGGGGAGUGGUCAUGCAGACGUUUGGGGCAGGGAAUGGCCCGGACGAUCGUAAGGACCUGAUUGAGGUCGUCCGGGAAGCCACAGGGCGAGGCAUGCUGAUUAUCAAUUGCACACAGUGUGCUAGGGGCACGGUGUCACCAUUCUAUCGCACCGGAAAGUCGCUGCUUGAAGCAGGUGUCAUUCCUGGUGGUGACAUUACGCCAGAGGCGGCCCUGACCAAGCUCUGCUACAUCCUGGGCAAAGAGGAGCUGUCCCAGGAGGAGAAGCUGGCAAGGCUACGCUGCAACCUGCGAGGCGAGAUCAAAUUGGGAGGCCGGCACAAAGACAGCAUGACGCUGAAGGACAGCGAAUUCAUCCGGGCAGUGGUGGACACUCUAAAUGUCACCAGUAGUCAGGAAGUGAAAGCUGUACAAGAUGCCCUCUUCCCUCCGCUGAUGUGUGCUGCAGCAAAAAAUGGAGACUUAGCAUCACUCAAAUAUUACAGGGAAUGUGGAGGUGACCUGAGUCUUGCAGACUACGAUGGGCGAACACCACUUCAUUUGGCGGCUGGCACUAAAAAUGUCAAAGUUGUGGAAUACCUGCUGGAAAGAGGUUGCUCGAUCUAUGUCAAGGACUCAUUUGGAAAUUCACCUUUCUUUGACAGCAUUAGAACAAAGAAUCUUGAGGUCAUAAAGCUGAUUAAGAAGACAGGCGGUCACCUCAUUCAUACCAGUCAUCAACAUGAACUUGGCACAAUUCUUUGCCAUGCAGCUGCAUUGGAUGACAGGGAUAUGCUGGAAGCUUUUUUCGCAGCUGGGGAAGAUAUGAAUGCCAAGGACUACUGUGGGAAUACCCCACUUCAUAUGGCUGUGCUGAAGAACAGCAAGGAAUGCAUUGACUUCCUGCUGGAGGCCGGAGCCGAUCCAAGCUUGAAGGACCACUGCAACAACACGGCCCUUAGAAUCGCCGAGGAGAAAGGUUUAGAGGGAGUGGUCCACCGUCUGGAGAAAGUAACGGUCAGUUAAAGGAACAGUGGCCCGUCUUCAGAACCCAGUCACUGAAUGGCUGGAACUGUACUACACGCUACUGUAGGAACCUUGGUGGUGAAAUGCACGUGACACAUUAGUUAACUACAUGUAAAUUCUAGUCCAUUACAUAGCGGAUUGGGGUUUAGUUAGCCAGUGUGUUAAAGGGUUACGGAAAUAGAAAGCAUUUAGUUCACGUAAAGUAUUUCCGAAAAACAAUAAAUAUGUAGCCAUUUCAAAAACUUCAUAAAAUUAAUGUUUACCCCAUUAA